AUGUCGGUGGUUCUAGAUGCCCUUGGAACGUCACCCGUGACAUUGGAACCUGUCAGCCACCAUAGUCCCCAUCUAGUCCCGCUUCGCAACAUGCAGUCCCCAGAGCUGCCCGAAAGUGGCUCGGUCAGGGACAUGAUCGGGAGAUUUAGUGAUUAUCCGUCACCUCACAGUCUAAAGAAUGCAUCCGGGAAUGUCCCUGAGAGCGUAGGGGCGAUCAGAUCACGCACUCCACAGCAGAUCGCUGCCCAGCUUGCCGCGGGGAGAUCGACGCCUGGCGAGAAAUCAGCCACGAACAUGGGUGUCAGCAGGAUGCAAGGAUCGAUGACGGCGCUCUCGAAGCGCAGUGAUGGCAAUGAGAGACCACCCUUGCUAGCGCCGAAGCCGGUAUGGGCUACAGCUGCAAGCACUGCCUCGUUUGACAACAUCCCACAAAGCGAAUCCGAAUUACCGCUGAGAGAUAAGUCGACUCAACGGAAGCCAGUAGUGCAGAUAUCUUCUAUAGACGCGGCAAGACUGGCUGCGAAGACGAAGCCUCGCCCUCCACCAGUGCCUCGGAAACCACCUGCGUUUGCCAGCGGUCCAACCUCUUCCCCUGACAACAUACAUCCUAAGGGGCCAGAGAACCACGAGCAAAUUCUAAGCUCUCACUCCUCACUUCAUCUUAAAGAUACUCCCCUCUCUGAGACACCGCCACUGCUUCCACCGAGGACGGGUGGCUCAUCCGUGCCUCGGAAGAACCCAACAAAUCAUCGAACUCUCCUAGAAACCAACUAUGUGUCCCGGACGCGACCAUCAACGCCCGGCACGGCAUCCCUGUAUACUGCUUCGGUGAGCAAUAGUACUACGAGCUUGCUUGACAGCUCCUCGGGGCUGGAUGAAGGGGCGCUCUCGGAUGCGAUUGUCGCCUCAUCAUUGGCAUCUGUCCGGGCCUCACAGGAGAGGAAAGUCCCACCGCCCCCACCACCGCAGCGCCGAGCAAGGUCUCGUUCUUUGAAACAUUUUUCGCAUACGACCAAGCAAGAGCAUUCGAAUUCCCCUAGUCCAUCCACCCACCUACGACAGACACUCCGGGACCCAACCAAGAUCGUCGAUGGUGAGGGGUACCAGAGACAUAAGCAUUUAAUUCGGAAGCACCCGCAUAAGCAUCAUGAAGGCGAGCGAAAAAGAUGGCGGAGUGAGGUUACAGAGAAAGAGCGAAAGCGAUACGAGGGCGUCUGGGCUGCGAACAAGGGAUUGUUGCUUCCCCCCGAGCACCAGAGGUCCCCCGAAGCGUAUCCCCCGGGAGCCUCGGAGAUGGUGGUCAACCUGGUGGCCGCGGACAUUUGGUCGCGUAGUCGCCUACCGCGGCAUGUCCUAGCGCAGGUUUGGGAAUUAGUGGAUGGGCAGCGGAUUGGUCUUCUCACCCGGGAGGAAUUCGUGGUCGGGAUGUGGUUGAUUGACCAGCAGCUGAAAGGCCACAAACUCCCGCAGAGGAUUCCCAAUAGUGUCUGGGCGAGCGUCAAGCGGAUAUCGGGGGUGCAUAUCCAUGGGCUCCCUCCUGCUGCAUACUAG